CUCUAUUCUCUGUGUUCUAUAUUCUAGCACAAUUGAACUAUUUCUAAAGACACUGGUUUUACCAUUCUGUCUCUCUCUUGCCACUAAGAUUCCUCCCUACAAAUACCACACCUUGCACUUCUGAAACUCCUGUAUACUGCUGCAAGAAUGCAUUCCAUUCCUCACAGCACAGCAACGGCACAACAUACAUAUAUCCCCUUCCCCAGGUUUCAGUCAGAUUGACCAUUCUCAUGUCCACAGGACUCUGUAUAGUGUCAAAAAUGACACCACUAACAACCCUAUUGACCCUCCUCUCUCUCCUACCCCUCCUCCAAGCUCAUCCGAUCUCGUUACACCAUCGCUCUCCAUCCCCGAGACUCAUCCCCGAAGUUAGCGACUACCUCUCAAAAUACUUCGCCAACAUCGGUCUCCAGAGUCUAUACGAGAGCUUCUUCCCAUUUGACAACAAGCACGAUGCCCUUGGCAAUAUCUCUUCUUCGUUCGAUCCCAGCCCCAGCUCGUCUGCGUCACCCUCACCGACUCCAGAGGCGACUGAAUACUCGAGAGCGAAUGUGAUUCCGACAACGACACCGGCUCCAACCCAGAAUUCAGACCCAACACCAAGUGCGACCUCAACCACGAGAACAAAACACAGCUGGUGGGCGGACUGGGAUCUUGAGAUGAUGUCAGCAUCGGCGCUAUCGUCGAGCUUACGCGCUACACCGACACCGACACCGAGUUCGAGUCCGAGUUCGUCGAGACACGGUUGGUGGGCGAAUUCCGAUCUCAAAGCCCUUUCCUCCUCGUCGGCAUUGUCGAGUCCGACACCGACAUUGACACCAGUAACUGUGACGCCUAUAACGCCCGUGGCGUCAGCAACCCCGACUCCCUCUGCAGAUGCUGACAAGGAUGAUGGGGAUGAUCUCUGGGAUUCGCUGUUUGAUGCCCUUUCCGGACGGAUCCGGAAUGCGCUGGAUAGUAGCGAUGAAUUGUGGUUGUCAGACGAGUGAUGUCAAUUCUGAAUCCUGACGUUGAGGGCUGGGGUUUUUUGUUAAAUCCGUUAUCCCCGGACGGAUGGAGUUAGGAGUUAGUGCCCAGAUCAGAACCUAUUUAUACAGAAUACACCUACUUCUCU